UACAGGAAAGUGGCGUUGUGUUCAGUUAAGACUUUGUGGAAAGAAUUAUUACUAUAAUUUACAGUGUGUACAGACCCGAGUCUACAUGAUGCUGCAUUGUCUGUCCUUACACCACUUAAUAGUUCUGCUCUUAAUGGUAGUCAUAACAGAAUGUACAGAGACCCAGAGACCUUGUGAAGAGCAGGAGGUUGAGCAAUAUGGAGCCAAAGGACAAAGUACAUUUCUACACUGCUUCACCACAGAUCAAGAAACAGCCACUCUAAAUAUAACACUUUACAGACAAGAAGGAAGUGAAUCAAACAAGCUGUUAUAUCCCGCUAGUAGCCUAACAGUGGAGCAGCAGAGACUGUCUCUUCAGAAGGACUCGGGCAAAGUGAUGUUUGUGUUGCAUAAUCUGAGCUUCUCUGAUGGUGGUCAGUAUAAAUGUGAGGUUCACAAGAACCAAAACUGCCUAAUAAUCAAAACAUUUUUUCUAAAAAUUAAAGAAUGUAAAAUCUUGGAUCCAGUCAAAGCAGUGCAGAACUCAGCAGUUACAAUUACAUGCCCUGUAUUCUCACCACACCCUCGAAGUACACAAGUCUUUUGGGAGGCUGUUUAUGGAGACAGAGCUGAUCAUAUAUACCAGUGCCCCUCCUCCUGCACUUCAGCAAGCAACAACAGAACAGCUAAUCUCUGCUCAAGAGCAAGAACAGAAGAGGAUCCAGAAAGGGGAGCUAGAUCACUGACCAUUAGUCCUGUGAACUCCUUAGAUGCUAUCUGGUAUCGGUGUACAGUGAAAGCUGGCCAUGUAAAAUACUGUUCUGAAGUUAAAGUUAUUGUGAAAGAUGAGCCUCCGGUUCAGCUUUUGACUAAAGACUGUAAAAACAUUGGCACGUUCAAAGCAGCACUGAACUCAGCAUUCACGUUCACAUGGCCUGUGCCUACAUCAUAUUCUGGAGCCACGCAGGUGAUCUGGUGGACCAUUGAAGGAGACAAGACUGUUCCGAUAACACGCUGCCCAUCUCCCUGCACCUCCAGCAGAGCCCGAAGACCCCUUUGUGAAAGAGUUAAAACAGUGCAGGGUGCAGGGAAUGUAUCACUGACCAUAAAUCCUGUAAAGUCCACAGAUGCUUUGUGGUAUUGGUUUAGAGUGAUGAAUGCCACCUCAUGCAAUGCAUUCAUGCUUUCUUUCACAGGUAACACCUCUCCUUAUCAGACAGCUAAAGUCACAGGUGGUUCCCACGCAGGGCUCAUCAUUCCAGAGCCAUCAGAGAACAGUACUGAAGAGACUGCAGAAGUCAACAACUUUACUGUGACAGUGACUGUGGCCUCAACAGUCUCUGUAUGCAUCUUUGUGGCCCUGUUGGUGCUAUUGGUGAGAGCACGUCAGUGUUUCAGAAAAUGGAAGAAGAAGGGUGUACGCAAAAUUAAGCUUGAGAGUCAGUAUAAUGCAUAUGCAGAAAUCGCAGACAAGGAUACCUUCCUGUAUUCGUUAGUCCAGCAUGAUCCUGCAAGCAUGUGCACUUUUAAGAACCAGUGAGAAAAUCCCAGCCCAGUUUCAGAUUGUGUUUUUGAUGUGAUUUUUAUUUUCUUCUCACUUGUUUUCUUUGUUUUUGAGACAUAAAAAAACAUCAGUACAAUGAUUAGAAUGCCUGUAUACUUGAGCAUUGACUCAAUGCUUUAUGAUGUUGACUGUGUGUUGACUGUGAAUGUUCACCUUUAUGUCUUAAAUAAAUAAAUACUCUAAAACCUUUU